GUAUAACUCAACACAAAACUUGCCAGCUCCACAUUCCCCAUUCACCUCAUCUCGUUUGCUAUAAGACCCUUCCCCCCUUUUCCGUUGCGCGAAGAAGAAGAAAAUGGAGAAGACAACCACUCGUUUGCGAAAGGCCUUUCGAUAUCACUCCUCAGAUGAAGAUUCCGAUCCCGAAGCCAUGGACGAAGAAGGUACAUUACCCUCCCCCUCCCUUACCUCCCAAAUCCUAUCACUUUUUCCAAAAAUCCCCGCUUUUCCCCAAGACUUUCUCGCGCCUUGAUUUCUCGCAAGGCAAACAAGAAAACAAGAAAAAACGCGAAAAAUAAAGUUAUGAAUUCCACCGCCUAUUAACGCGAGCAUUGCACCUAAUCACGCACCACAGAACAAGACCGUCUCAUCCGCACCCUCCACCUGCAAAACGAAACCCUAAAUAAAACGUAUACGCGCAUCUUACUGACCCUCCCUCUCGCCGCGACCUCGCCUUACCUCCUUUCUUUCUCCCACCUAACCACCUUCUCAACAUCCACCAGCACGCCCCCCUUUCUCAGCCUGCUAUGUCUCACCUCGCUGCUCUCAACCGCCUACCUCGUGCUCACCCUCCCACCUGAGAAGACGGGGUUUCCUUACUUGGACACGCCUUCCUCGUCGGCGCAAGUACAGACACCAAAGUCACGCGCGGAGAAGCUGAAAUCGAGAGAUGUAGAUGGGGAGGGACCGAUUCGACAGUGGUUGCCGUUUUUGAAUGUGCUGCUUUGUGGGGUCCCCUUGUUACUGGGUCGACUCGCAGGGAGUAGGGGUGAGAGGCUUGGAGGAGAGGAGGCUGCGUGGGAGUUGAUCUUUUGCGGUCUGCCGGCGGGGAUAUAUGGUAUUGUGCUUUGUGGGAAGUGGGUGAUGGCUAGUGUGGAUCCGGAGAGGGAGUUGGGCGAGUUGAGGUAUGGGUAUAAGGGUGCUUGAAUGCUUUUGCCCUCUUGGUCCGUUCAUUUGGUCGUUAGGGGUGGAUUUGUGGAUUUUUUGGAUUUUUUGGAUUUUUUGAUUACCUUUGGUUGUGACGUUUCUUACGUUGGCUAUGAGUUUUUCGUUGGGAUGUAGUGUUACGUUUUUUGGGGGUAUCCAUUUUGGAGGGGCAUUUUUGGGCGGGCAUUCAGAGGUGGGUUGCAUGUUCUGGUGCGUUCAUUUGCGAGGUUUCUACUUGUUCGGGCAUUCGUUCGUGAGGGCAUUCUUGGGAGGCAAGGCAGCAUAACAUCCUAAAUGAUUUGAGAUCAUAGGGGCAUUGGGAAGGGGGACAACGGCAUGAUACCCGACAUGAUACCAAAUCUGUAGCAUUUCUCACUCAAUACCAACACGAAAAAACAAAGGCUGUGCCAUGAAUCAAGUUCGUUUUACUAAAAAAC